AUUCUUUAGUCCCACAUUAUCAUCUUAUACAACAACAGACAUCUCUGUUUUUAUUAUCAGUUCCAUUUUGGUUUCCUGAACAGAAGGAGCAUCAUGGCCUUCUAUUCUUCUUCUUCUCCCUCUUCUUUACUAUCUUCAAAUUUGCGAAUUCCUAUCAAUCACGUGCCAUUGCCAUCUCCAAACCACCACUCGCCAUCGCGAUCGAACUCCCACCGGCGCGUUCGACGCCGCACCAUUUUUGCGCCACCGAGAACCAGCAAGAGGUUAACGAAAUGCUUUUCUCAGAGGCAAUUCACCGAACAGGAAGAAGACGUUGAACCAAAACGCGAAGAACAAUUCGAAUUCGAGAGACUCUUCUCUAACCUCAACCAAGCCACUUUGAAGAGAGAACCUGGAAGUCUUUCCAGUGCGGUUUUUCUUGUUGCUGGCACCACUAUAGGAGCGGGGAUCCUUGCAAUUCCUGCAGUUACGCAAGAAGCUGGAUUUGUAGCCUCCUCAGUUGCAUGCAUUGUUUGUUGGGUGUUUAUGGUUGUAACUGGGCUGCUCGUUGCUGAAGUAAAUGUGAAAACAAUGAGUGAACUUGGUACUGGUGGCGUGUCAUUGGUAUCAAUGGCCAUGAGAACUAUUGGGACUGUUGGAGUUCAAAUUGCUUGCUGGUCAUAUAUUUUCAUACAUUAUGCCCUUCUUGUUGCCUAUGUGGCUCGUUCUUCUGAUAUUUUGACAAAUUUCCUCGGCAUUCCAUUAUGGGAAAGUGCAACUUUAUUUUCAUUGCUUUUCGGAGGCAUUUGCUACUUUGGAAGCCAACGGCUUAUUGGAGCAGUAAAUGGAGCCCUAGUAGUGGGAAUCAUCAUUUCUUUUACAGCUCUUGUGGUAGUUGCAAGCGGAGACUUGCAUUGGGAUGCUCUUCUAAAAGCCAAUUUUGAAGCUGUUCCUUCAAGUAUACCCAUAAUAGCACUUUCCUUUGUUUAUCAGAAUGUAGUGCCUGUUCUUUGCACAAAUCUUGAAGGAAACCUUUCAAAAGUAAGGACUGCAAUUGUUCUGGGCACAGCUAUUCCCCUUGUUCUGUUCCUUGUCUGGGAUGCUGUUAUUCUCGGAUCAAUCACAAUUUUUGAAACAGGCUCAGAUAAGAUUGCUGACCCAUUGGAACAGUUGCGAUCUAGCAAUGGACUUGUCGGGCCAAUAGUUGAGGUGUUCUCACUUUUUGCAAUUGCAACUUCUUAUAUUGGAUUCGUUUUGGGCCUUUGCGACUUCCUUGCUGACUUGCUGAAACUCCCAUCUGGCCAGAGCAGGCCUCUGCCAUACCUACUUACAUUGAUUCCACCACUGGUAUUAUCAUUGCUAGACCCAGAAAUCUUUUUCAAAGCAUUGGAUUUUGCCGGAACAUAUGGAGUGUUGGUGCUCUUUGGAAUUCUUCCUGCUGCAAUGUCUUGGUCAGAUAGAAACUCGCGUUCAUCCGAGUCUCCAGCGCUACCCUUGCUGGUUCCUGGCGGAAAGCUCACCCUUUCUCUUGUGAUUGGAGGCUCCGGAUGGGUCAUUCUCUCGGAAUUACUUGAGAAUUUUGGGCGCUCGUAGAGAUCAGGAUUGAAGGUAUAUCUGUUGGCUAGAGUUGCCAGGAUCCAAACAAUGCUCCACCAUAAAAUUGGUUGUCUAUAAAUUAUUUUUUCUUUAUCAUUUUGUAUUUAUUGUGAGUGAGUCUAGUCCUCCAACUGAACCUUCAAACUAGUAUAUUCAGUUACCACCAAAUCUUUAACUUUGCAA